ACACCUUCCCUCCUGCACUCUUGGUUUAUGAGGUUACAUUCAUGGGAUUUAUAACCUCACUAUCCAACAUAAUCAGAAAGGUAAGUUUUUUUGAUCUGAUUGGUACUUUUUAAUCGUCCAGUUUAUUCUGAUUCACUCGGUUGUUUUCUGUAUCUUUUCCGGACACAACUAGCCUGGGACCCACAUGAAUUCUGGGGGCUCAUUUAAAUUUGCUCAGCCAGAAUACGGCACAACUGUGAGCGCACAAGUACGGCAACUGUCAGUUUAACAAGCUGCAUCUUUGUCACACAGUGGCCCCCAGAACCUCACUAAUUCCAACGGGAAAGGAAGGUGGUAUGAGACUGUCAGGCGGCCCAGCUGGGGCAUAAUCCUUCAUAUCUACAGAGUGAUAUUUCAGACUGAUAUUGGGGGUUUCCCCUGGUGCAGGAUGAUGCCGACCUUGACCUCGCACAUACCAGUACCACGGCCCGCCUACUCCCAGGCCAGGGAGAACCUAGUGAAGGCAAUCCCACCCAGACUUCUUUGCCUGCUCGCCUGUGGAGGAAUAGACUGUCGCUAUGAAGGACCAGAGUGCUGGAAAUUAAACCAACAGGUCGUCCGAGGCCUUUUCUCCUCCUGGGUGACGGAUGACAUAAUUGCCAUGGCACGACCAUCCAGUAAUCUAAUUGAGAAAUACAACAUCAUAGAACAGUUUCGAAGGCUGAACAUCAGAUCGAUCAUCAACAUGCAGUUCCCAGGAGAGCACUCUCACUGUGGACCUCCCCUGGACCCUGGAAGUGGUUUUACAUACUCUCCACAGAUCUUCAUGGACAAUGACAUCUACUUUUACAACUUUGGAAUGCCGGACUUUGGUGUGUCCUCUCUCGUUGGCUUAAUUGACGGGGUGAAGGUUUUGGCCUUUGCAGUGAGGGAAGGACGAGUGGCCGUGCACUGCCAUGCAGGCUUGGGCCGGACAGGAGUCCUGAUUGCCUGUUACCUGAUCUACACCCUACGCAUCAGCCCAAGUGAGGCCGUCCACUACGUGCGGAUUAAGCGGCCUCGCUCUAUCCAAACCCGGGCGCAGAUCAGCCAGGUGUUUGACUUUGCCCGCUUGCUUGGCACACAGCUGGUCCAAUAUCCAGACCUCAGCCUGCGGCAUGGAGCCCCCUUCACCCUGCACCAUUACCUAAACCGACAGGCACUUCUGCUGCAUGGCCAGGAGGGACGUACCCUCCGACAAACACCAAAGGUGGUGUACCUCCUCUGUGUGCGCAUCUCCUGCCUAGCCCUGGGUCUCCCUUCUCCUCCAGAGGUCCAUGCUGAGCUGGAAAAGAGGUCAGCACUGAGGACCCUGAGCAGGACUGUGAGGGAGACCCUGGUGGCCAAACAGUACUUGCCCUUGCUGAGAGGGGGUCAUAAGAGCUUGUGGUUGAACUCAGGGUCAGUGUCCUCUUGGGAUGAGCCGCUGGGAUUCUCGGAGAGGAAGAGAGAUGUCCUGCUGGACAAACGCAGCUACAGCGACUCUGACCUCAGCAGGAUCGCAAUAGAUGAGGAUCUGGAGUCAUACUGCACGUCGGCACUGGGAAACGAGAGGCACUGGUGCGUACAGGAUCUGGUACGGUCUGAUCUGAGACCAUUGAGUCCGGUCCUUGCCACACUUCCACCAGGUCACCAGACCUCCAAAAUGGGGUCUCACGCACUCAACAUCCCAAUAUCCAGCAUGCAAGCAAGCAACAACUGUAAUAAGAGGUUGUGCACAGCUAAAAAAGCGCUUCCCAAAUAUAGCUCCAACAUUGAGCUUUGCAGAAUUCCGCAUAAUCCAGCCCCAACCUCGGUGGCCCGUGCUGUUGCUAAGGCAAUGGCAGACCAAGGUUCUCCAGGAGAAAUCGUACUGCAAAGAUCAGCUCUGUUGCAGGAGGAGCUGAACAGUAGUGACUGUGGAUGGGCUCUGCUGGUUACUGAGUCGGAUCCUCACGUUCUCGGUUGUCUGUUGUGGACCUGGCUGGAAAAAUUAAGGGAGCCUGUUCUAAGUGUACAGGAUGUAAACAGGUUGUGUAUUGGAGCAACAAACAGGAAGGCUCUCAGUGUGCUUAAGAAGCCACAGAGACACACCAUCUAUUGUCUGUUGAGCUGUGUGAGCACAGUGACCAGCCUGUGUCCACACAGAGAGGAGGCAGUGCUGUUGCGGCUGAUUCGUGCUCUUACAAAGCGCCCCCAAGAGGAAAUUGGAAACCUUGCAACUUUAAUAAAGGUCCUGAAGGCCAGUUUGAGAGAAACCUUCCACAACUACCUCACAAGCGCCUGCAGCAGCAAUGCUACGCUAUGAAGAAGAAGAAGAACAACAACAACAACAAAAAGCAGUUUCCAUUUUAGAAAUUGUCAGUAUUGCAUCCUGACACCUGAUCGUGGUAAAAUCAAGAGGUGCAAUUUUUACGACAGACAUUUUGACAUGCAGGAUCAGUGCAGGUCCAUUUAGCUGGACCCACUGUCACACUGUGAUGAUCUACUGGGAAACUUCAGCAGAACAGAGGCAGCAUCAGUGUUAUUGGCAACACAUGCUUUUCUUAUUAUAUUAAAAUGUUGGUUGUUGUAGCCCUUAACUCUUACUGCUACCACCUAGUCAUAACUUCCUUUUUUAUCAAAUAUAACAAGUCUACAAUUGAUGUGGAUUCAAAACCAGCUGUUUCUAUAUUUGUUAAAGAAUAAAACAAUAACAUAGAACAAAAUAUAAACAAUACAUAUGAUGUUUGGCACGACAAGAAUGUGUUAUCACACAUUUUUCAACACACCAAACCAAAAAAUGGAUGAAAAUGACAGAGGAGGAAGCAUAAGAUGAUUGAACAUUUCUAGUGGACGUAAGAUUUUUUAACUGAGUCUCUUUUGAGCGUUCAUUGCUCUUCAUGAACCAUUGAUACAAAUGUCAGUCUUCUAAUAAGUUUAUGAGUUGAUAAAAAAAGCAAAUUGUCAUCAAAAUGUAAAAAAGUACCCCCAAAUUUGAAUUCAAUUGAUGUUUACUAUGAUAGAUUUGGUUUCAUGCCUACUUUCAAUAGUAUGAUAGCUACCGUGCCUUAGUACGACCAGAUUAAACCUAACCAGUGUGUCACUGUGAGACUAUGUGGCCUGUUACAGACAUUCAUACCUAAUAAAUCAUUUACAAUAUCA